UUGAGGGGUAAAUUAGCUCAAGGGCUAAAGUUUUAGGCUUAUUAAAAUUGUGUGUAUAUAUAUAAUCUGACAAAAUUAACUCUUGGCAAAAUUGCUAAUCUAGAUAUCAAGUUAACAACCAUGUAUGACGUAUUAUACAUUGAUAGGGGGAAGAGAGGGUGGCAAAGCAAGUUAUUGAUCACAUACAUAAAGAAAAGAAAAGAAUCAGCUUCACUGGAUGUUGAAGAGAAUUGGAUAUCAUGGACAUUUGAGUAUGAGAAGCAAAAUGAAGAUGUCCCAGAGCCCAUCACACUUUUGGGAAUUGCCAUUGAUCUCAUGAAAGACAUUGAUUCACACCAUCACAACAAAUGAUACAUCAUCUAUUAGAUCUAUAUUGGCCUAGUUCUGACUCUCCUCUCGAAGAGCUUGCAAAUUUGAUUGUAGAUCCUAGUAGUGGUAGAAGAACUAACAAGAUGACCUACUGAAAAAGCUUAAAGGGUAAUGGCCAAAGGAGAACUCUAUUGAUGAGAACGAGACAUUAAAGAGACCAAAAUCAGAGUUUGAUGAAGCCUUAAGCACUUCCCUUGGCCCUGCAUGGCAAGAAAUAUUAGGGCUAUCCAAUACUACCAGGAGUAAGGUUCAUCGAAGAGCGAUUCGCCAAAAACCAAGAGUGCUAGAUUGUCAAGACACACAGAAAUUGUUUAUGCCGAAUCCAUGCAGGAGCCUUGAUAAGAUGGUGGCUAAAGCUCCCUAUUUCUUUUAUGGGAAUGUCAUGAAUUUAUCUCACGACUCUUGGGUAAGAAUAUCACAGUUCUUGUAUUCCAUUGAGCCAGAAUUCGUUCAUACUCGACUUUUCUCAGCUCUGAGUCGUAAAGAAGAUUGCGUACGUAAUCUUCCAACUGAAAAUCGAGUUCACAUUGUUCCAAAACCACCAAUGACAAUUCAAGAAGUAGUUCCCAGCAGCAAAAAAUGGUGGCCGUCAUGGGAUACAAGGCAACACUUGAGCUGCAUCAAUUCGGAGACAUCUGUUAUAUCUCAUAUAUGCGAUAGACUUGAAAGAACACUAAGUGAGUCCCAGGGGUACCCUUCAGGUGACAGACAGCAAGAUAUCCUCUUCCAGUGCCAGAUGUUCAAUCUAGUCUGGGUAGGCCGCUACAAAUUGGCACCUAUAGUGCCAGAACAAAUUGAACGCAUUCUUGGUUACCCAGAAAAUCACACUCGAAUUGCUGGGUUUAACUUGAUGGAAAGACUUCUAUCGCUGAAACAUUUCUUCCAAAUAGAUACAUUGGCUUAUUGUCUCUCUGCGUUGAAGUAUCUGUACCCUGGAGGGUUGACAGUGUUGUCAAUCUAUAGUGGAAUUGGCGGAGCAGAAGUUGCAUUGCAUCGCCUUGGAAUUCCCUUAAAAGCUGUCGUCUCAAUAGAGUCUUCUGAGAAAAACCGGAGAAUUCUCAAGCAAUGGUGGAGUAGUUCGGGACAAGCAGGAGAACUCGUGCAGCUGGAAGAUAUUCCCAAGCUGACCAGUAACAAGGUAGAGGUCUUGAUUCAACAAUUUGGUGGUUUCGAUUUCAUCAUAUGCCAGAACCCAUGUACAUACUAUUCUAAAGGUAAUUUAGCUGCAGAUAUCGAUAGUCAUGCUAGUUUAGAUUUCAUGCUGUUUCACGAGUUUGUACGUGUCUUGCAACGUGUUAGAAGUAAAAUGGGGCGAAACUAGCUAGUUCCUUAGCUUUUAAUGUGUAAGGCUGUUAGUGGACUGAGCUUAAUGGUAUGUUGUGCUAAUUAUGACUUCUAAUUUCUAAUAGAUGAAGCUUAAUUUGUGAAUG